AUGACUCGCCGACUAAGCCAGCCGUGCGACGGCGACCCGGAAACAGGCGUCAGGCUUCACGGCGGCAACGAGCCGAUAGAUCAGCGCGAUUCGCGUCAGCCGUACGGUCCACGUCAGCCGUACGGCCCACGUCAGCCGUAUGGCCCACGUCAGCACCUUAUUUAUAGAGUUCCGACGAAGAGAUACUGGCGAUCCGCGAAGUUCUUGAGAGUAUGGCUCGCGUCGCUACUUAUCGUCAGCCUGCUCUUGCCGGCGAAUCUACCAGCUGCCGGCGAAGACGUGCGGUGGUGCGUGGUGGAAGGCGGCCACGUGGCAGAGCGUGAUUGGGAGGAACUUCUGGCGGAGGUGAAUGAGAGUGGGUCGCUGCGGCUGCUGUGUGCUGAUGGCUCGUGCUCCGAUAUUCGCCUGGACUCCCUUUGCUGGCUGCUGCCACCUGGCUCUCUCUGGCUGCGUCAGCACCGCACUGAUGACGGAGGCAGAAGAGAAUACACAGUGGUCGAGAUGGGUGAAGCUCUUUUCGCAUCUGUCAAGAAAGGUCACCUUUCACAUGCACCGAGUCCUCCUCCACAUCAGCCACUCACUGCCUGUCACGUCACAUGCCACGUCACACACUCCUGCAACCAUCCCCCCCUCCCUCCCCACCCGCGCCACCCUCUCCCCCGGCUCCCCCUCCCUCCCCUCCCCUGCUUCCUCCACCUCCCCCCUCCCUGCCCCUCCUUCCCCUCCCGUUUCCCCUCCCUUUCCGCCCCCAUCCCCCCCUCCCCUUUUCUCCCUCUCCCACCCCUUGUCCCCCCUUUUGGGGACAUGAAUUCCCCCGCCUCCCCCUCCCCCUUCCCCUCCCAGACCCCCUUCCCUCCCCUCCCGCUCCUCCCCCUGUCCUUCUUUCCCCCCCCGCCCCGCCUUCUCCCUCUCCUGUGCCCGCCCCUCCCCCUGUCCCCCUCCCCCCUGCAACCGCUCUAUAAACCCCUCUACCCCCCUCCUCUCCGCCUUCCCCCUUGCCUCCAGCACCCCCUCCCCAAGAGCCCCCCGCGCUUUCUUCACCUCUCCCUCCUCCCCCUUCCCCUCCCCUCCCCGCCCCUCCCCUAUCCCCCCGCCCCCCUCCCAUUCCGCCUAGUCCACCCCCUGCCUCUCCCCCUCCCCCUGACUCUCCCCCGCCUCCCUUCCCCUCUCCCCCUUCACACCCGUCCCCCCCACCUGCCAACUCUAAUGAUAUGGGAAAUGCUACAGAGCCUCCCCCUCCCUCACUCCCUAGUCCCCCCCCCUCCUCCUUCUCUUCUCCCCCCCCCUCCUCCCGCCCCUGCUCCCCCACUCUCCCCCCUCCCCUCCACCUCACUCUCCCCCAUCUCCCCCACUCCCCCGCUCUUCUCCCCCCCCUCACCACCCCCUCUCCUCCUUUCACCCUCGGUCCUGUCCUCCCUCCUCCCUGCUCCCGUUCUCUCCCCUCCCCAUCCCUCACCGCACCCCCCUCCACACCCUCCUCCUCCUUUCCCUCCUCCAGACUUCCCCUCUCCUCCCCCCAUUUCUCUCCUCCCUCCCAGCCCUCCAAAACAGCCUCCUCCCCCUCUCUCUCCUCCCUCCCCCCAUCCUCUCACACCCUCACCACCCCUAGCUCAACCACCAACCAACUCUCCCACACCACAACCCCCACCAGUCAAACCACCACAUUGCUUCGUUCCUCCUGUUCUCACUCCACUCCCCCUCUCCCCUUCCCCCCGUCCCCCACCCCCACCAGACUGUCCCCCCUGCCCAGACACCUACGUCCUCCUCCCUUCCCCCACCCCCUCCUCCACUUCCCCCGCCGUCCCCCCCUCCGCCCCUCCGCCCUGCACCUGCGGUCUCCCCAUGGUGGUGGUUAUGAAGCUCUAUUGCGGCUUCGACUCCUUUCUCCUCAACCUCCCUGCCUUCACUGCCCAAACCGCCACCUCGCUCACACUUGAGAAAGAGCAAGUAGAGGUAUGGGCAGUGAACUAUGACCCUGAUCCCGCGGCUCUGGAUUCCUCCUCCUCCUCCCGCCCACCAGUAGCACCGACUGCUCAGCAGCAGCCAGUCACGGAUCGGCUGAGUGCAGCAGAGGUGGAUCGAAUCCGACGGCUGCUGUUGAGCGGAUCGCUGGUGCUUGACCGACAGCUGUUCGGGGCAUAUGAAGUCAUUAUGGUUCUCAACCCAGGGAGCAUCUUUUGUGGAUCGCAUCCGACGGCUGCUGUUCAGCGGAUCGCUGGUGCUGGACAAGCAGAUGUUGGGGCCUACGAAGUGAUAUUGAUUCUCAGCCCAGGCCAACGCCCACUGCCGCCCCCAGCCUUUGUUCUCGUGCUUCAUGCCCUUUUCCUGCCGCCUUCCCUCCCCACUCACCCUCCCUUCACCCCCGUUCUCCCCUCGCUUCAUUCCCCCCCUGUAUCCCUCCCAGGUCAACGCCCGCCUCCUCCCCCUCCUCUGCUCUCCCCCUCCACCCCUCCCGUCCCUCUACCCCCCUCCUUCGCCUCCUCCUCCUCCCCAUUCUCCCCCUCGCCUCCCGCCACUCCACCCCCUCCUGCCCCCGGGGGCAUGCCUUACUGGGAAGUCAUGCUCACGAUCGUCAACGCCCGCCUCCGCCCCCUCCUGUACUCUCCCCCACCACGUCUUUACUCAACGUUCCCUCUACUCCACCCCUCUCACCCCGCCCUCUUUCCCCCCUGUAUCCCCCCAAAUAUCUUCCCCCCAGGUCAACGCCCGCCUCCGCCUCCGCCUGUACUCUCCCGCUCCACCUCUCCCGUCCCUCUACCCCCCUCCUCCGCCGCCUCCUCCUCCCCGUUCUCUCCCUCCCCUCCCUCCACUCCCCCCCCUCCUUCCCCCGGGGGCAUGCCUUACUGGAAGGUCAUGCUCAUGAUCGUUCUCCCUGCCUUGAUCCUCGCGAUUAUCACUCUCUGUGUGGUGGUGUGGUGCGUGAGGAAGAGACCUUGGGAGAGGGCGGGUAGAGGGGCUAAGAGAAUGAUGGGGGUUUGGAAGAGUAGCGUGGGGAGUGGGGAAAAAGGAAGAGGAGGGAGGAGAGGAGGGAGGAGAGGAGGGAGGAGAGGAGGGAGGCGGAAGGGAGAACGGGAGGGAGAGAGGGUAGGAGAAGGGUGGAUGGAGGGAGGGGCGGAGAGGGUCGGGUGGGAACGUGGGGGAAGGUCAGGGCAGCAGGAGGGAGGGGAGGAGCGGGAUGAGGGGAGAGCAAGAGGAAGAGGGGGUGUUGUUGGGCGGGUGGGGGGAGGCCAGGAGAGGGAAGAGGUGCAGGCGUGGGCUGAAGGGGAGAGUGACGAUGACCAUUACAUGCCGCUUGCAUCAGGGGCAGAAAAGCAGGGGGCAGAGGGGCAGUGGGCAGGUAAAGGAGUGGCAGCAGCAGGAGCAGCAGGAGAAUUCGCAGAAAGAGGAGCAGGUGAAGGAGGGGGAGGAGCAGGAGGAGGAUUAGCAGCAGGAGGAUUAGCAGCAGGAGGAUUAGCAGCAGGAGGCAGGGGAAAAGGAGCCCUAAGGGAAGGAGCCUCCAGAGGAGCAUCUAAAGGAGCCUCUAUGCAAACCCUAGCCCCAUUUGCUGAGGCCACUUUCUCAUUCUCCCUCACAGAAAUUCUCACAGCCACUGCUGGUUUCCACUCGAGCAACCUGAUUGGCCAAGGCGGGUCGAGCCAGGUGUUCCGGGGGUGCUUGCCGGGCGGCAAACUGGUGGCCGUGAAAAGAUUUGAUUCGCCGCCCGACGGGGAGAGGGAUUUUAUUACGGAGGCUCGGCUGCUGAGCCGGCUGAACCACAAGAACGUGGUGAAGCUUCUGGGAACCUGCGACGAGGGUGGCGGAGCACCUGCACUCCCCUGCUUACCUGAGGGAGCACCUGCACUCCCCUGCUUACCUGAGGGAGCACCUGCACUCCCCCACCCUGCACUCCCCCACCUCCACCCUCCCCACCUCCACCCUCCCCACCUCCACCCUCCCCACCUCCACCCUCCCCACCUCCACCCUCCCCACCUCCGCCCUCCACUCCCCCACCCUCCCCUCCCUCUCCACCCUCUCCCCACGCCGGCCGUUCUAGACUGGUCCACGCGUGUGAAAAUAGGUCUGGGAGCGGCCCAGGGGUUAGCUUACCUGCAUGAGGACUCUAGUCCUCGGAUUAUCCACCGCGAUUUAAAGACGUCGAACAUUCUGCUGGAUGCUGAUUGGACGGCCAGGAUUGCGGAUCUGGGUCUGGCGAGGGUGGUGAGGGAGAAGAAAGCUGGGCUGGAGUCUCUGCACAUGCGCGGCACGUUUGGGUACAUGGCGCCAGAGUACGCGCUGACAGGCAGGGUGGCGACCAAGAGCGAUGUGUUCAGCUUCGGUGUCGUGCUGCUGGAAGUGCUGUCUGGUCGCCCUGCCCUUGUGCCUCUGGAGUCAACGCAAACAGCUGGCCUGCGCCAGCGUGCCGUCCCUCAUCUGGGCGGCAGCUAUUUACUCGAUUCCAGUCAGAAAUUCUUAUCCGAUCCACCUAGUGUUGAGACGUCUCAAAUAUCCCAUCUCAUCCCACCCCCACCCUCUCCCUCCCACAGCAAGCAAGGCCUGCGUCACUUCGCCGACCCGCGUCUGGGCGGCAGCUAUCCACUGGAGGCCAUGGCGCGGGCAGCAGCCAUAGCCAUGCGAUGCACGGAGAGUGAUCCUUCAUCUCGACCAUCAAUGGGAGACGUGGUGCAGGCCCUCCGUGCCAUCGCGUUUGAGCACUCUCCCAUGACCAGGACGCUUCUUGCCCCUGUUCCUUACUCCACUGCCUCCUCCCAUGCCUCUCCCGCCUCCUCCUCCUCGGCUUCAUACCAGCAACACCACCACCAGCAGCAGCAGCAGCACCACCACCACCACCAGCAGCAGCAGCAGCAGCAGCCACUGGAGCGGGCAUCAACCGCCCCCCCUGCCGCCCCCCCUGCCGCCUCCCCUUCCGCCUCCCCAUAUGUCUCCCCUUCCGCCUCCCCUUCCGCCUCCCCAGAUGCCUCCCCCUAUGCCUCCCCCUACGCCACUCCCUCUGCUGCUCCUUCCUCCCCCUCUGCUGCUCCGUCCUCCCCCCUGCAUUUGGGUGAUCUCUCACCCCAGUCAAGAGGCGGUAUUCCGAGGCUGCUCAGGAUGAGCAUUAGAGGGCUCGACUACAGUGGUGAUAUGGCCCUUGACGCCUCCUCUGCAUCUCUCCCAUACAGCCAGCCUCCCUCACAGGAAUUUUCCGGGCCGUUCUCGCCUGACGACCGCCGUCACAGCACAACAAACCGAGAGGGUAAUUACACCAGCAGCGGCAGCAGGAGAGAAUCCGGUCGUAACAGCAGCAAUGCAGGAGGGGAUUAUUACAGUGGCAACCAAGAAGCAGAUUAUACCAGCAGCAAUGCUGAGCGGGGUUAUCACGAGGUUUAUCCUGACAAUAAUAGAGCGGGAGAGUAUACCAAUAGCAGCAGCGGGAAUCCAGGCACGAGCAAUGGUAACAGCAGGCGUUUCCUAGGCUCAGCCGUGGGGCCACAAGCAGGAGAAGCACACAGUUCGCACUCUGGUGACCCUGUUACCACACCGGUAACAGAUCUGGUUACCAGCGAUGACGAUCACCAACCACUGUUGAGAAGGUUGUGA